UACUCGAUUUUAUUCGCGCGCGUGUAAUCGACAACACGCUUGCACAUCACUCUGUGUCUAUGGCUCUCCUCUCCUUGACAGUUCAUAUUUUUAGCGUUGUCGUAUCGUAUUUAUACUCGAAUAAACAUAAGUUUUAAUAAACUUUUCAUAAGUAAAAUCAAACUCGUUUUACCCUAAAUAAUUAUUAGAUGACAAGAAUGCUGUAUAUAUAUUUAAUAAUAAAACGCAAUUCAAGAAACAUUAUAUGGACUAUCUGAAAAUUCUACCAACGAACAGGUGUUAUUGAAUGACUGUGUGUUAGAGUUCCCAUCGUAAUUAUUUAUUUAUGGUGAUGUGAAUAAUACAAGUGUAUUGCUAUUGAUCGAUCCAAAUACGGAAAAACUCAAGUGUGUUAAGCCCUAAAAUAUACAAAUAGAAAAAGUGUCAAAGUAUAUAAACAGGCUCAAACUUCGUCUCGACAAGAAAGACGCUAACAACUUCAGGAUUUUGUUUACACGAUGUUUUUUGGUUCUAAAGUAAUAUUCUAUCAACAAAGAUAAGGAUUCAAAAGAGGCACCAUGUGCAGAUGUUAUCACAGUUUAUACAUUAUAAUGUUUAAAUCAAGGUGAGAGUACGCCGUGGCGAGCAUGCCUCACCAGUACGGCGCGGGCGCGGGUGGUAUGGGCGGGGGUCCACCGUCGCCGCCGCCGCAACACGGCGCGCUGUACCCGCGCUACGCCGCCGCCGCGGGCCCCGGCGCCGGCGCCUACCGCCCUGAAGAGCGUCGAUUGACACGCGAAGCCAUGGAACGAUACCUUCGCGACCGCUCUGAUAUGGUCGUAGUCAUUUUACAUGCAAAAGUUGCUCAAAAAUCAUAUGGAAAUGAGAAGCGUUUUUUCUGCCCUCCACCAUGUAUAUAUUUAUUUGGUGAUGGCUGGCGGCUUCGGCGUGAGCGUAUGUUACGGGAAGGUGAGACUGAGCAGGCAUCUCAGUUGUGUGCAUUUAUUGGUAUUGGUAACUCUGACCAAGAUAUGCAACAGCUGGACCUAAAUAAUGGCAAGCAAUACUGUGCUGCAAAGACAUUGUACAUAUCAGACUCAGACAAACGUAAACAUUUCAUGCUAUCCGUUAAAAUGUUUUAUGGUAAUGGUCACGAUAUCGGUAUUUUUAAUAGUAAAAGAAUAAAAGUAAUAUCAAAACCAUCGAAAAAGAAACAAUCACUAAAAAAUGCUGAUCUGUGUAUUGCUAGUGGAACCAAGGUAGCUCUAUUUAAUAGACUAAGAUCACAAACUGUAUCAACAAGGUAUUUGCAUGUUGAAAAUGGAAAUUUCCAUGCAUCCUCCACCCAAUGGGGGGCAUUUACGAUUCAUUUGCUCGAUGACAAUGAAAGUGAGUCGGAGGAGUUUGCAGUGAGGGAUGGAUAUGUUCACUAUGGUUCUACUGUGAAACUUGUAUGUUCGGUGACAGGGAUGGCUUUACCUAGGCUUAUUAUUCGUAAGGUUGACAAACAAAUGGCUCUUCUAGAAGCAGAUGACCCUGUGUCACAGCUACAUAAAUGUGCCUUCUACAUGAAGGAUACAGAACGCAUGUAUCUGUGUCUUUCUCAAGAGAGAAUCAUACAGUUCCAAGCUACUCCAUGUCCAAAAGAGCCAAAUAAAGAGAUGAUAAAUGACGGAGCCUGUUGGACAAUUAUAUCCACGGAUAAGGCAGAAUACCAGUUUUACGAAGGAAUGGGUCCAGUGAGGUCACCCGUAACACCAGUUCCGUUGGUCCACUCGCUGAACCUUAACGGUGGAGGUGACGUUGCGAUGUUAGAGUUAGCUGGAGAUAAUUUCACACCAUCAUUGCAAGUCUGGUUCGGAGACGUGGAGGCGGAGACCAUGUAUCGUUGCGCUGAGUCCAUGCUGUGUGUCGUGCCGGACAUCUCGCAGUUUAGGGGACAGUGGCUCUGGGUUCGACAGCCGACACAGAAUACUUCAUUCCAGGUGCCCGUGUCACUGGUGAGGAACGACGGCAUCAUCUACGCGACGGGGCUGACGUUCACGUACACGCCGGAGCCCGGGCCGCGGCCCACGUGCCCGCCCGUCGAUGACGUCAUGCGGCCCGACGCCUGGCACGACGCGCACCGCCUGCCCGACGCGCUGCAGUAGCCGAACGCCACCCGUCACUCCGCCGCCGACGCGCGUACACGAUCCAUCGACUCUGCAGCCGACAUUAACUCGACUAUUCAUAUUUUAAUACGCUCGAAAGGAAUCACUAUGAAACACGAACGUUUGGAAUUUAUUUUGUCAUCGGAUUAACGACAAAUUAUUAAUAAUCGAGUUAAUGAGCUGAUAAUACAUUGUUGGUAGGAUUUUUCUCAUUUAAAGACCAAAGACGUGGACUUCGGCGAAUUGAAACGAAUUGAGAAUAGUGGUAUAGCGAUGCUUAUAAGUUUCGAUAGUGCCUGUACAGUAGCAUGUUCCUCGACGACCGCUCUGUUUGACUUCGCAGAAACAUAGCGAGUCAUCUAAUGACAUUCGAUUGACACACGACGAUGUAUUUAGAUCACUGACAGUCUAUUUUGACUUCUAUUUGUACAUGGGAAGCAAUAUUAGUCAUAAUACGUACCCUUUCUCAUUUAAAAGAAAAUUUUAUUAAUUAGUCUUAUACAAUAAGAUCGUUUUUUAAGUGAAAUAAGCAGGUCGCUCGAACAUGUUACAAUCGUCAUCGAAAUAUUUAUAAACGAACCGCUUGUUUGAUUUUGAUUAAGAUUUUGUAAAAUACAACGUGUGCCUAAAAUAAUUAAGUAGAUAUUGAAUAUGUAUGCCGAGAUUAUAACACCAAAAUGCUAUUAGGUUACGGUAGCAAUUUUUAUAAUAUGCUUUGUGAAAUAUGUCACUAUUUUUUAAUUUAAUUGUAUAAUUUUAUGUGGCCACGACCGAAUGUCUUUAUUCAAAAGCAAUUGUUUCACUAUGACCAGAGUCUUAUUAUAAAUGUUUAUUUCUAUUGAAAUGUCAUAAAUUAAUUACAGGCAUAGGGUGGUUCCUAAGCAGGCGUCGUAUUUGCGCCAUUUUGAAAAAAUAUAUUAAUAAGAGAUCUCUCUGCUCUUGAAUUUAUUUCUUCGGGGCCAAAUAGCUGUAAAAUCCAUGACGAGUCAUUGUGUUUAUUAUAUUGCUAUUAAGUAUCCGUAGAUUUAUGUGUUUUGGAAAUUGGACUUUAAGUCAUAUUUGAAUAGAUCGGUGAUUCGUUUGAACGUUGGAUUAUUCAAAAGGCAACUACAAUAUUUGGGAGCUAUUCAAUAAAUACGAUAAUAGAUUAUAGAUUAUGUAAAAUACGUAAAAAUUAUCAAAGAUUUAUUUUAAUCGAGUUUGUAAACUUUCAAAGAAUUUAUUCGUUUCUACCUAAUCACCUCACUGACGACGGAAGACGAUUGUUCAUCCACUGUCACUGUAUGUAUGUACAUUACUAUUACAGGCAAUCCUAAUGAACAAAGUAGAUAAGUAGCUAGACGUAGCACAUCUUAUAAUUUUAGUAAAACAGAACGUUUGAAAUUAUAUUUAUUUUAUUGCGAAUCCUUUGUACAAUUUGUUUGGUGAAAUUUGAUGUGUAUAUUAAAAAGUGUGAUUUCGAACAUUCCACAUGGAAAGUGUAAUAAGUACAAAAGAAUAUGAUAUUUUUAUAUAAAAAAAAAAAAUAAAAAUAAAGAAAAAAUAAAGGAAAUUGUUUUAUGAAAUCGGUAGUGACAGUAUUACAAGGAAUUAGUUUUAGACGCGAUUAAGAAUUACGCCGUCAAUUUAUAUGGAGUAAGCGAUAUCUCAGUUGGAGAACUAUUCGUGCAAUAUUAACAUUUUACGUUUGGUAUGUCUUCGUGUAAAGAAUCAUGUUUAAGAAUUUCUUGUUUUAAAAUCAUGUAAUUACAAUAAUGUGAUAUUAUGAAAGAGUAAUUGAUUUUAAAACGUGAAUAUUUUAGUAAAACUGAAUUUAAAUAA